AGCUCAAUUUUUAAUAUGAUGCAGAUUUUUAUAUUUGCUUAUACAGAGAACUUUCUUUCUUUGCCCCCACUAUUUUUGAGACAAUAUAGAAAUGCAGAACACUCCUGGUAGUGGGACAGGAUACAUCCUGCAUUUAAUCAUGAGUGUUCUGUUUCUUCGGCUUACUAAGAUUCCUGGCAUGAGUGUUUGAAAAUGCUGGGAGGGGGGGUUUUUGGAGACGUAAUAGAACAUGAGAGAGCAUUCUGGAAUCUUCAGGUGGGGAAGUUUCCCCUCAAUUGUAUAUGCAGAUGGCACAGUGAUUUUCUAAUGAAGCACUGAUUUGUUUUUAUGACACAGAUAACUAUGGGACAUUUAUUUUCAGAUCAUUUGUGAGCAGCAAACGUUAGUUUAUUUAGUUAGUUAAUUUCUUCUGUAAAUUGAAAACUACAGUGCUUUCUACAGACAUUUUCUAUCUGGUUUUCAAAAUUACCCAUUGCCACUAUCUAGAAAAAUGUUCUCGGAAGUUGUUUUGGUUUUUUGCUUUUUGAAAUGUGUGAGGUUCAACAGUGAUUGACUCUGUGGUUCUGUGAGCGAGCAUCAGAUAGAGUCCAGUGAAUUGAGAGUAAUGCAAAAAAAUUAACUGGGAUGUUACUGACUGAGCAAUAUUUUGCCCAAUUUUAUGUAUUUCAUAGAUUAUAUUGUGCUUUUCUUCAACUUUUUAUUUUGAAAAUGAUUCAGAUAUAAUUGUUUUGACUGAAGUGCUAAAUCAUUAUUGAUUUAGGAAUUUCUGGCCGUGAACAGACAAUCAAAUGGGGACUUGAGUUUUUGUAGCUGUCCUUAGGACAUGCAUUUUCAACAGGGGUGAUAUCGCCCCCAACAGGGGAGAACUGGUCCUUGGGAAUGAAACGAUCUUAACUCUUGUCGUGAAUAAAGCACAUAUAUGCCUGCAGCGCAUAAACCGAGAGUGCGUGCAGUGUCUCUGUAGAGGUCGAACACGGUGUCAGGGGUAGAGGCACCUGGCCAACAGUCUCCACCUUUCUAACUUUCCAAAUUCUGAUGGACACCGAGAGCUCACAGCCCGUCAGCUCCACCUCAUUGCCGCCAGCCUGGAUGUUGGAUCUCAAUGCCAGAUUGCAGCGGGCAUCGCAGUCAAUGUUAGAACGGUCUGAACAACAGAUUAGGGCAGCUUCUGGUUUGGAGGAACUGCUGCGGAUCACGCACUUUGAGGACUGGAAGCUGUGGAGAUGCCGGCUGAAGCUCAAGAGUUUUACCAGCACAGACACUCGCUCUGCAUCCCAUCGGUCCACCAGGUUUGCGGCAACUUUCUAUGACAUUGAAACACUGAAAGUCAUAGAUGAAGAAUGGCAAAGAACCCAGUGCAGCCCUAGAGAGACGUGCGUGGAGGUUGCCAGCGAGCUGGGGAGGAGCACCAACACGUUCUUCAAGCCUCCCUGUGUGAACGUGUUCCGGUGUGGCGGCUGCUGCAAUGAAGAGAGCCUCAUCUGUAUGAACACGAGCACCUCGUACAUAUCCAAACAGCUCUUUGAGAUAUCAGUGCCUUUGACAUCAGUACCUGAAUUAGUGCCUGUUAAAGUUGCCAACCAUACAGGUUGCAAGUGCUUGCCAACGGCUCCCCGCCAUCCAUACUCCAUUAUCAGAAGAUCCAUCCAGAUCCCAGAAGAAGAUCAUUGUUCCCAUUCCAAGAAACUCUGUCCUAUUGACAUGCUGUGGGAUAGCAACAAGUGUAAAUGUGUCUUACGGGAGGAGAAUCCACUCCCUGGGAUGGAAGACCAUUCUCAUCUCCAGGAACUGGCUCUCUGUGGGCCACAUAUGAUGUUUGAUGAAGAUCGUUGCGAAUGUGUCUGUAAAACUCCCUGUCCCAGAGAUCUCAUCCAGCACCCAGAAAACUGCAGUUGCAUUGAAUGCAGAGAGAGUCUGGAGAGCUGCUGCCAGAAGCACAAGAUAUUUCACCCAGACACCUGCAGCUGUGAGGAUAGAUGCCCCUUUCACAGCAGAACAUGUGCAAAUGGAAAACCAGCAUGUGCAAAGCAUUGCCGCUUUCCAAAGGAGAAAAGGGCUGCCCAUGGGCUCCAGGGUCGAGAAAAUCCUUGAUUCAACUUUGUUCUCGAGUUCCCCAUCUUGUCAUUUUAAACAGCAUUCUGCUUUGCCAAGUUGCUGUCACUGUUUUUUUCCAGAUGUUAGAAAAAAAUCUGUUUUACAUAGUACCAUGGUGAAUCCAGACCAACCUUCCAUUAAACACUAGCUGAGGAUUCCCUGGUUCACUGACAGAUGUCUUCUAACUGAAGAUGCCUCCGCACAACAAAGAAUGGAGAGGAGGAAACCUCUAUAACCCUUUUUUUUUUUGGUGAAGGAAAAAGGUUUGAUCAUCAUGGAAUGACAGGUGCCCUGUGACUGAUUACUCAGAGCAGACGAGGCAAUUCGCAUAGUCUCCGAGUCCUUUGCUAAUUGCAAUUGUCUUGUGAAUUAUUCUGAUUCUCUUAUGCAGAUUUUGAUUUGUAUGAUCAGCACUGAUUUUCUGAUUACCGUCCAGCUUUUAGUUUUGAGUUUACAGAACUACUGUCUGUUGUUUCAUAUUUAAGCGUAUUUAAAGAAAAUAAACACCAUUAUUCAAGCCAUAGAAUAUUGUGUGUUGUUUAAUAUGCUACCACU